AUGAGGCUGUUAUCCGCCACGCUCCUCGUUACCGGAACCCUCGGAUUGGCAAACUGCCGGAUCGUGGAUGAAGAGGAGACAAAAACACAACUUACCAAACUCGUGGAAAGGGCCGGGGAUAUGAAUAUUGUCGACAUCAACGAGGAGGUCGAGAAGAUAUUGGCCAGGCGGGUUUUUUCGGGACUCCCAGCCCCCAUCCGCCAUAAGCACCAAGAAAUGAGGAGGCUGACCUUUGCCGCAGAACGGGAGCGCCAGCUGAAAAUUAGGGAGGUUAUCCCAAAACUCACGAUUCCGGCCAAGCAACGGUUGGUCCGGAUUAUCAUGGUGCAGGAGCAUAAGCUGUUGACGCAGAAUGAGAAGCGGAACAGGCUUACGUAUAUUAAGAAAACCAUGGAGCCCGAGGUUGGCCGUGAGCUUGCUCAGUAUCUCACCGACCAGCAGCUGUAUCGACUCGCAUUU